AUGAACCGGUACGAGAUCCUCGACCGGCUCGGCGAUGGCGCGUACGGCGAGGUGCUGAAAGCGCGGAGCCUCAAGACGAACGAGGUCGUUGCCAUCAAGCGGCUCAAGACGCUCUUCCCGACGUGGGAGGAGUGUCUCCAGCUGCGCGAGCUCAAGUCGCUCAAGGUGCUCCGGCACGACAACAUCAUCCAGCUCAAGGAGGUCAUUCGCGACAAGGCGCAGCUCUACUUUGUGUUCGAGUACAUGGACACGAGCCUCUUUAGCUGGAUGCGCGGCCACGGACCGGCGACCAACGAAGCCCACGUGCGCAACAUCAUGGGCCAGCUCUUCGCCGGCCUAGCGUACAUGCACAAGCACGGCUUCUUCCACCGCGACAUCAAGCCCGAGAACUGCCUCCUCGCGUCCGAUAAGACGACGCUCAAGAUCGCGGACCUCGGGCAGGCGCGCGAGAUCCGGUCCCGCCCGCCGUUCACCGACUACGUCUCGACACGCUGGUACCGCAGCCCCGAGCUGCUCCUGCGUGCGUCGACGUACAACUCGCCGAUCGACCUCUGGGCGUGCGGCUGCAUCAUGGCCGAGCUCUAUCUGGGCAAGCCGCUCUUUGCAGGCUCGACGGAAGCGGACCAAAUGUGUCGCAUCUGCUCGAUCUUGGGGACGCCGACAAAGGAGAGCUGGCCCGAAGGCGUCAGCAUGGUCGCGCACAUGCAGUUCAAGUUUCCAAAAUGCAACGCCGUGCCCCUCAAGCAGCUCAUUCCGAACGCGAGCCCGGCCGCGAUCCAGCUCUUGGUCGACUUGCUCCAGUACGACUCGGGGCGCCGGCCCACGGCGGCCCAAGCGCUCCAGUACCGCUUCUUUAGCCCAGUCACAACGCGCGCCGAGGCCCCGAGAGAGGUCAAGGUGCCGUCGCCCGAGAAGCCAGAAAAGCCCGAAAUGAAGCGCCGGUUCUGGGAACCCAAGAUCGACGACGAGUGGAAGUACAUUCCGCAGCCGGAGAAGGCCCAUAGCAAGCGCGAAGUCUCGGUGCCGACAACGACGACCGACAAUGACGAGGACGAUGGCAUCGUCACCGACACGAUGCUCCAGGACCUUCUCGACGAAGUGCUCUGCUAA